AUGGCCUUUGCUGGUGUUCUCAGUGAUGCUGACAUGAAAGCAGCUCUGGCUGGCUGCGCAGCUGCUGACUCCUUUGAGUACAAGAAUUUCUUCAAGGCAUGCGGGCUGGCCAGCAAGUCUGCAGAUGAAGUCAAGAAGGCUUUCCAAAUCAUUGACCAGGAUAACAGUGGCUUCAUUGAGGAGGAGGAACUGAAGCUGUUCCUGCAGAACUUCUCUACUUCUGCCAGAGCACUCACCGAUAAGGAGACAAAGGCUUUCCUCUCCGCUGGUGACAGUGAUGGUGAUGGCAAGAUCGGAAUCGAAGAGUUUGCUGCCCUUGUAAAGGCAUAAAUUUCCAUUGACCAAGAUCCACUUCUUUUCAUGGAACUGCG